AUGGCUGCCGCCGUCCUGGUCUCUGGUUCUUGUCAUCGGGCUUCCUCUCCUCUGUCUCGAAGUCUGCUGUUGGCCCGCCAUCUCUUCUUUCCCUCCCCGGAGAUCCACAGUGCCUAUCAAUCCUACGCUCGCCCCCUUUCCUCGAUCACGCAUUCCGCAGGCACCGACUUGGAGCUCGACGCAGACGACCCAGUGCCUCGUUCAGGCUCCGACACGGGGACCCCGCCGCCGCCGCCGCCGCCGCAGCAGCAGCAGCAGCAGCAACGACUCUCUUUCCAGAGGCCACUGGAGAACGGGCUCGAUCAGGGGGUUUUCAAGGUGGGCAUCGUCUCGGUUGCGCCUGGUUCUUCAGUUUAGGGUUUUCUCAUUAGCCAUCUCUUCCGUCUCUUCGGAAGGCGAUUCUCGUGGGGAAGGUGGGGCAGAAGCCCGUGCAGAAGUUCCUGAAGAGCGGGCGGCCCGUAACUCUCUUCUCGCUGGGCACCGGCGGGAUUAGGAACAAUCGGAGGCCGCUGGACGACGAAGACCCGAGGGAGUACGCAGAUCGGUGCGCCGUCCAGUGGCACCGCGUCGCUGUGUACCCGGAGAGGCUGGGCAACGUCGCGCUGAAGCAUGUGAAACCGGGGUGAGCUCCCCUCCGUCCCUAGGUCAGCCGGCAUCGACGCCUCUUAAUCAAAUUCUCACAUGGAUUUUUCCGCCCUGCAGACGAACUAUGGAUGAAAGCUUCUGUUUAAUCAGAAUCUCUCCAGUAAUUGCAUCUAAAAUAGUUUUUUUUCUCAGUGGAGCUCAUUUCGAUCGGAAAGAAUUGUUCAUGCAAGAACUGCGACUAAUUCAUGUCGUAUGAUUUCAAGAAUUUGUGAGCUUUAUCCAGGAGAUUGACUGCCGGAUCAAAGUUCUCUCUAGGAUUUCUCUCAUCAGCCUGCUAUGCUAGGAAUCUCCAUCUGGGCAGGUUCGAGCAGAAGAUUAUAGAAUAAAAAUAGUGAUUGCCCGUAAGUGCUUUCUGAGUCAAAGAUGGAUUGCCCGGAAGAACAUGAUUGCAUCUAUAUUUACCCACUAGCUUACAUCUUUCAUUCGACAAUAUUUUUCCAUAAAAAAAUAUCUGUUUAUCGUCAUAUGCUUGAAACUCGCCGAUGGACUGAUUUGGGAAAUUACCCAGUUUACGGUUUUAUUAAGUUUUCUUAUGAUUCCAAUCAUAUCAUUGUUACCAAUGAUCGUGAUCCAAAUUAUGGUUUUUUUUUUCUUGGGUUUUGGCUAAUUACUCUGGGCUAUUCAGGGGUGUCGUGUACUUGGAGGGGAAUCUGGAGACGAAGAUCUUCAGCGAUCCGAUCACAGGCCUGGUCAGGCGCAUAAGAGAAGUCGCCAUUCGCCGAGAUGGUACUCCUCUCUCUCUCUCUCUCUUUUCAUUUCUUCCCUCAUUCGAUUUUUUUGCAAAAAAUAAUUAAAAUGGUAUGUACAAAAAUCCAAUUUCUUGGCUGAUUUCGAUGCAAAAUGGUUUUUUUAGGUCGCCUGGUUUUUGUGAGCGGAGAGGCCGAGGAUAAGCAGGCGGCGGGGCUGGACCUGAAGGGCGUCGGCUACUACUGA